CAAGCCGGUCUGGCGUCCGCGAUGCAUUCGGAACUUUCUCCGUCGCAUCGGGACUUUUCCCAGGUCUUGCCCUUUUUUCUUUUCUUUUUUUUUUGGCCGGAUUGCCUUCGCGCUCCGGAGCAUUACGCGCGCUUAGACUCCUCCGGCGCGGAGGAGAAUAGGAGGACCCACGCACAAACAUGACGCGCUGGGGAACAUUCGAGCCACGAUGGAUUCCGGUGAGGUAAACGCGUCGUUGGAGAAUGUCUCCCCGGACGUGAACAGCACGGACGCGCCGCUGGCGCUGCCGCACUCGGUGCCGGCGGCGGUGCUCAUCAUCCUGGUGGUGGCCGCCAUCAUCUCCGUCACCAUCGUGGGGAACGUGCUAGUGAUCGUGGCGGUGCUGACCAGCCGAGCUCUGCGCGCCCCGCAGAACCUCUUCCUGGUGUCCCUGGCCUCGGCGGACAUCCUGGUGGCCACGCUGGUCAUCCCCUUCUCGCUGGUCAACGAGGUGAUGGGCUACUGGUACUUCGGGAGCACCUGGUGCGCCUUCUACCUGGCGCUGGACGUGCUCUUCUGCACCUCCUCCAUCGUGCACCUGUGCGCCAUCAGCCUGGACCGCUACUGGUCCGUGACCAAGGCGGUGAGCUACAACCUGAAGAGGACGCCCAAGCGCAUCAAGUCCAUGAUCGCGGUGGUGUGGCUGAUCUCGGCGGUCAUCUCCUUCCCGCCCCUCCUCAUGACCAAGCACGACGAGCGCGAGUGUCUCCUCAACGACGAGACCUGGUACAUCCUCUCCUCCUGCCUGGUGUCCUUCUUCGCCCCGGGCCUCAUCAUGAUCCUGGUCUACUGCAAGAUCUACAAGGUGGCCAAGCAGCGCUCGUCCACGGUCUUCGUGGCCAAGAACGGCCUGGAGAGGCAGCCGUCCCAGUCGGAGACCUGCUUCGUCCGGAAGGACCGCUUGGAGACGGAGAGCCCCAGCAGCCAGAGCUCCGGGAGCCACCCGCCGAGACGCGGCGAGCUGGACGACAUCGACCUGGAGGAGAGCUGCUGCGCGCCGGACACCAAGCCCCGCAGCCAUGGCUUCAGCCGGCGCGGGAAACUGGAGAAUUCGGAAAACUGCCGCGUGUCCUGGGCGUCUUCCCGCGCGUACCCGGAGCUCCAGAACCAGGCGGGGCGCCAGCACGUCAACAAGACCAAAGUGGCGCAGAUGCGAGAGAAGCGCUUCACCUUCGUCCUGGCGGUGGUGAUGGGGGUCUUCGUGCUGUGCUGGUUCCCCUUCUUCUUCACCUACAGCCUGCACGCCGUCUGCCGGGACAGCUGCUACAUCCCCGGCACGCUCUUCAACAUCUUCUUCUGGAUCGGCUACUGCAACAGCUCCGUCAACCCCAUCAUCUACACCAUCUUCAACAGGGAUUUCAGAAAAGCCUUCAAGAAAAUCGUUUGGCCGACCUCCAGGCGCACAUAAACAACUGGGGAGGCCAAGCUGCUUCUUUCUUUCUCAAUGGGAGGAAUUAGGGGGAGAUUAUAGAACUCGGCCUGGAGCUGAUUAUUUCUAAUGUGACUUUCGGAACAAUGGACGUUGUGUACAGAUCAUAAUGUAAAAAAAACAACAACAAAACGUUUUAAUUACCGUCUGGAACUCAAUUUAAUGGGACAUUGGGGAAUUUUUUUUUUUAAUUAUUUUUGUUUUUUUUUGUUUUUCUUUAA